AUGUUCCACAUACGGUUUCUCUUUUACUGGGAGAAAGUUGUUAAUUUUGGGUUCAUAAUAUGUUACGACCUACAUUACAUCAUUAAUCAAUGCUCGUUAUCCCUUGGACCCUCAUCGAUCUCACCCUCUGAUUUCUCAGCAUUGAGGUCCAUACCUCAAUCACCACCGGCACCUCACCAGUUUCUGAAUCUCUGGUCUAUCUCAAGUCACAUUGUUGCAAUGCUUUGGAGACUUGUAGCACACAAGGAAAGAACACCUUUUAACACUUAUCAAGUUCAGUUAUUUGCUUCUAGCCUCCUGAAAGCUGGACUCCUGGAUCCUUCUUUUCCCACAAUGGUGGAUGCCAAAAGACAACUUGCAUUUCUACUCUUUAUUGUUAGAGUUGUCAGGGAAUGAAUGGCAGCAAAUUCUUAAGGUUGGUUUGUAUUCCCUAAGUGAUGGACUUUAACAGUUGGGGCCAAAGUUAAAGAUUGGUUUGUGUUAAGACUGGGAGGCUUUUCUGGCGAACAACAAAUCGAUGAAGCGAGUUAACUCCUAGUUUUAGGGUUUGGAGUGAGUAGUAAAAAUGGUUGCUCCAAUCUUGUUGUAAAUAUUGUUGCCAUCUUCAAUGUUGACUCUUGUAACCA